GACAGCAAGCACCAUGCUAUAAUCUCCGUAUGGGGCAUGGGAGGUCUUGGAAAGGACCAUUGCUAGAAAAUAUACAGGCAUAGAGAUGUUCAACACCGCUUUCAAACAUUUUACUUGGGUUUGUAUAACUUAACAGGCCCAAAUUAGAUGUAUUAUGCAGGAUAUCUUGAUGCAACUUUGUCCUGAGAAGGAGGAGGAGAUCAAGAAUAUCGAAGACAGGGAGUUGGUUCGAGAACUUUAUCGAGUGCAAACGGAGUAUAAGUGCCUAAUUACUCUUGAUGACAUUUGGUAUAUGCAUGAUUGGGAGAAUCUAGUUCAUGCAUUUCCGGAUGUUGAAGGGGGCAGCAAAAUGAUGCUCACAACUCGCACAAAAGAAGUUGCAGAAAUUGGAUAUCCCUACGAGAUCAAGUGCUUGAAUGAAGAGGAAAGUUGGGAGCUGCUAAAAGCUACAAUAUCCUCAAGAAAAUAUGUCAAAGGGUGUUUAUCAACCUAUAUAGUAAAAGCGCGAAAGGGUUCGGUGGUUGUGCUGAUGUGGCUGCAUUUCAUUCGCUGGGGGGUCGUCUUCGUCCAUCACGUGGUGCUCGCGUGCUUCCACUGGGAGGGGGCUUCAGAUUGUUACUUUUCUUCUCCUCUCCUCUGGAAGAAGAAGUACAGCUUCUGCUUUUUGUCCGAUAGACCAAGAUGA